AUGCAUCCUCAAAGCCCUUGCAUUAAUGGCACCCUGUCGCCCGGUGAUGACCUUUCCUUCAUUUCCGAGCUAUUCCCUCCUCCGCCUCCUGAGUAUAGCACAGGUGUGGCUCAUGAAAACGCAGGAUAUUCCCUGGGAUAUCUCGGUGAUUUAAAACGAUGCUGGAAUACUUGCAUUCGGCUCUCCCACCACCUAGCUGAUCAUGUGGUUCGGCAUCAUCUGGAGACUGAUGCAAUUGCCCAGCCUUUGUGGUCAUCUUCCAAGUUGAAGAAAGAAUUCAAGACCGAGAAAGAAGUUAUCUCUGAGAAGGAGGUUGUCUAUAGCAAAGCCAUGGCUUCGCUCCAGGCCAAGCUUUUGUAUCCAAUAGCCUAUGCUGUUUUCUUCUUGGAAUCAUCCGCAUCUCCUGAUUCUGACUCGGAUCAUUCGGAUCAUCACCACAAAAAUAUUGUUGAUUCUGUCGAAAGACAGAAAUCAAUUCUUAGAAAUGCGCCUUUUGACGAUACGCAUAUAUUUCUGUCGACCCACCACUGCAUGCAGCUACUAUUUUCCACGGUCCAACGUUUGAUGGGCCCGGAAAUUCCCCAUUCCACCGCCGAAAGUUGGAUUAGUCUCCUUCUCACCACUUCAACCAUGGAGAGAAUCGUCAGUUUCUUUGUUUCCAUCGCGAAGGAUGACCAAAAAAAGCAAAAGGGCAAGCAUGACUCUACGUGGUCUCAUAGAAAGGAGUUUCUAUGGGCGAUGCGACGAGAUCUGAACGAGUAUAUGGCGUCUUUCAGUGAGCAUGGCGAACAAACAUCCCUCGAGCCGAAGCUUAAUCAUGUAUGGUUCCAAGCGGCAUGCAGUGAAAUGGAUCGACGAGGGGCUAUUCCACAUACUGUUGAGGAUACAGAAGUGCAUGUUCUCCAUGGGUCUGUUGUGAAAUUGGAAUGUGAAUACUGUUAUGACUGUUACGACGAAUGA